CUCUCUCUCUCUCUCUCUCUCUCUCUCUACCCUUUUUGACCGGACAGAAAACCAGAACCGAAGCAACUCUCUCACUACUACUCUCUUUUUACUUUUUUCACGCCUUCUUCUACUUUCUUCUUUUAUAGAGAAGGAGAGCCCUGAAAAUCUCUCUCUCUCUCUCUCUUUCUCUCUCUCUCUCUCUCUCUCUGUUUCGGUUAUUUUGGCAGGUAUUUGGAAAUUUUCAUGGAAAAUGAAGAUAAUGAAUUGCGUCCCUGUACUGGCAGAUUCAACGAAUAGGAAAUCGUGUUACUGCAAUAUUCUUCCUGCUGCUGCUUUACUCUGUAUAGUUUUCUUCAUUGGGAGCUCUUUCAUCACCACUGAUUAUAAGGAAAGAAUAUCAAGAUGGGGAAUGACCGAUCUCAUGCAGACACACUCUAGUAGAUGCAAGGAUCAGUGCAGGCCUCAUGGGAGUGAAACAUUACCUAAAGGUAUAAUUAGUGCGGCUUCUAACUUGGAAAUGCGGCCGUUAUGGGGCUUCCCAAAGAAAAAGAGGAAAGGAAGAGUGUCAAAGAGCUUAUUGGCCAUUGCAGUCGGAGUAAAGCAAAAAGAAACUGUGAAUAAAAUUGUUAAAAAGUUUCCUUCCAGUGAUUUCACUGUUAUGCUUUUCCAUUAUGAUGGUGCUGUGGAUGAAUGGAGAGAUCUACCAUGGAGUGAUAACGCUUUACAUGUCUCUGCGGUCAAUCAAACUAAAUGCAAAGGAAAAGGGCUUUACUUUAAUAUGACGAUUUUUAUUAUUUGGAUAGCAAAGAAAAGGUGGUUUGCCAAGCGUUUCUUACAUCCAGAUAUAGUUGCUGAAUACGAGUAUAUUUUCCUUUGGGAUGAGGAUCUUGGAGUUGAAAAUUUCCAUCCAGGACGUUAUUUAUCAAUUGUCGAAGAGGAAGGGCUGCAGAUAUCACAGCCAGCACUGGACCCUGCUAAGUCGCAGGUGCAUCAUCGGAUUACCGUGCGUGGGAGGAGAACAAGAGUGCACAGGAGAAUUUACAAAUACAGUGGUGGUGGGAGGUGUUAUGAGAACAGUACGGCUCCUCCAUGCACAGGGUGGGUCGAAAUGAUGGCUCCCGUGUUCUCAAGAGCAGCCUGGCGCUGUGCAUGGUAUAUGAUCCAGAACGAUUUGAUCCAUGCAUGGGGCCUGGACAUGAAGCUUGGUUACUGUGCACAGGGAGAUCGAAGCAAAAAUGUUGGGGUGGUGGACAUUGAAUACAUAGUUCAUCAGGGUAUCCCUACUCUCGGAGGCUCGGAUGAAAGCAAGGCUUUCUCAUUGCAGUCCAAUGCUGAAGCACCCAGCGAUGCCGCUCAAUUAAAGGGUAUGCUGGAUUUGGCAACACUGGUGGCGGAUGAUAGAUCAUCAGUAAGGAGGCAGUCCUUCACAGACUUAGAGAUUUUCAAAGAGAGAUGGGAAGCGGCAGUGAAGGAUGAUGAGUGUUGGAUCGAUCCGUACCCACAACCUGAAAAUGGAAGCCGUUAGUAUUUAAUUUCAUCUGGGUGUUCCUGUCUUCCACAUAAUGAGUGUGAGACUGAGCGUGACAACGGAACCUUUAAUUCAUGGAAAGCCGAUAACAUGGGAUGUUACAGGCGGAAUUCAAGGACGCAUUGCAGAGUUAUACCUCAAGCUGAUGUGUGUGAGUUACACAGCUCCUGUGAGCUGCAAUGUAGCAUUUGUAAUUUGCAUUUAUUCUUUUUUUUUUUUUAAAAAAAAACAAAUAACAAAGAUGUAUUUAAAUAUUUAUCUUUGCAAAUGAGUGAAAAUGGCAUACUUACUCAA